AUGGCCGACAUGGAGGCGCGGGAUGCCCACGGACACACGCCUCUCUUCCUCGCGUGCCGUCGCGGGCACUUGGCCAGUGUCAAAUUUCUAUUGGAGAGUGCGGCCGACGUGCAUACGGCCAACGACGACGGCCGAACGCUUGUGCACGCCGCGGCGCUCGGCGGGUCUCUGCCCUGCCUCCACCUUGUGCUCGAGUACGGUGGUGAUCCGUUUGCAGCUGAUCGCGACGGCGAAACACCGUACGAAAUGCUGCUCGAGCGAGGCGACGAGACGGCCGCGCCGUUGCUCGACUACUUGGACAGCCAGUGCUCGCUUCGCCAGCCGCCGCUGUCGCCUCGUUCAACGCCAACUGCGGCUGCACCAGCGCCCACGAGCAGCUACGAUGUGGACGAGGAUGCAGGGCAGGAGGCGCCUGGAGAAGGCUGGCGCGGCUGGAUUCGUGGCAAGGCCACAUCGCUCUUGGGGCUCGACAGAACAGUAGUGAACGAAGACACCGACGAAGCGGCUGCUGAGGCGCCGCUCUCGCCGCUCAAACCCCCCACAGACUCCGAGGUCGCGAGCUCGAUGGCAUACCGCAAGCUCGUGCCACCGCGUCACGUCGAAGAAGCCAUGCAGCACCUCCAGGUGCUAUUGUACUUUAGCGCGCACUGGUGCGGGCCGUGCCGCGGCUUUACGCCGACGCUCGCCGCAUACUACUCCAAGCUGCACGAAAAGCUCAACUUUGAGAUCGUCUUUGUGAGCUCCGACUCGGACGACGAGGCGUUCGCAGAGUACUUUGGCUCGAUGCCGUGGCUCGCGCUGCCGUACGCUGAGCGCGACCUCAAGGAGGCGCUGAGCACCAAGUUUAACGUGCAGGGCAUCCCGACACUGGUCGUGCUCGACGAAGGUGGCGCUGUCAUUACGACCAACGCGCGCGGCAAGAUCUCGUCGGACCCGGACGGCCUCGCCUUUCCGUAUGUGCCCAAGACGUUCCGCCAAAUGCUCGGCGACCGCUUCAUCAACCGUGACGGCGCUGUCUUCUCGGCCGGCGACCUCAAGGGCAAGGUGCUUCUCUUGUACUUUGCGACGGCCGCGGUUGAGGACUGCGACGCGUUUACUCUGCGUCUCGUGGACGCCUACGAGAGCGCCAAGGCGAAUGGCCACGAGCUCGAGGUGCUCUAUCUCUCGUGCGACACGAGCCAAAACGUGUUUGACGACAAGCUCUCGACCAUGCCGUGGCUCGCCGUGCCCUUUGACGCUGCCAAGACGGCGUUCGAGGACUUUGCCGAACUCUACGAGCUCGAGACGAUCCCGCAGGUCGUCGUGCUGGGCAUCAACCAAGGACCGACCCGCGCCAUCAUCAACAAGAACGCCGUCGCAGCGAUUACGAGCGACGUUGACAACAGCGCGUUUCCGUGGCCGCCUAUGAGUGUCGUGGACCUCGGUGUGAGCACGUCCUCGAACGGCUUCUCGAUCAACGACAAGCCGUCGCUCGUCUCAUACUGCCACAUGCUCGAGGGCGACGACCUCGUCCAGCACGAAGCCGACUUGAAGACGCUCGCGGCAGAGUGCGGUCGUGGCACGGUCUGCGACGGCAACGUCUGCACGGUGAAGGACGAACCGAGCGUCGUGUUCUUCACGGUCAAGACCCCCGGUGGCCUCGGCGAGCGCGUUCGGGACAUUGCCGGUGUCAAGGACGACGACGUCACGGGUCCGUACGCGAUCCUCCUCGACGUGCGCGGCGGCAGCGCGUACGUGCAUCAUGGCUUGAACGUCGACGCGCUCCGAAAGACGCUCCAGCAGUUCCAGGACAAGGCCCUCGACAUGAAAGCGCUCUCGUUCUAAGUUAGAGGUGGCUUUGUUGCAUAGCUUGCUCUUUGAUUUAUGGUAAUGGACAAGUUGUCUGUUAUUUCAUUGCGGUUUUGUAACUGUUGUAUUGGCACUGUG